GCCAAACAACAACAUUCAGUCUCGACAAACAUGUCGCGAUCCGGCUUCAACAUGGCCACUACCACGGAUGGUGCGGCGUAUAAUAAACUACGGCGUCCAGAGUUUCUUGCGUCCCCACCCACCGAAUUCCCAUCUGGAAGACAUUCGCACAUCCCCAUGCCCACGCCCGAAUCGAACAAGCGAAAGCACGACGACGCCGAUAUGACCGGCGACGGCUCGGAUGGCGAGAUCAUAGAAGACGAGCCUAAAGAAAAGCGGAUAAAACACACAGAGACCUUUCAGAAGCCCGAUCAGAUGGGACCCCCACGCGUCACCAGACCAGUUCGAGAGAACGGCAUGCAAUCCAUGUUUCCCGGUCUCGAUGGCGAUGACGCUUCCGAAGAUGAGACCAUGCAGCAAGCACUUGCAUAUCUCCGCAGUGUGAGGACCGAAGCCUCUGCCAUUCCCACUCUUCUGGUCGCUCCACCGGAAAUGGAGGAAGAUCAGGAAGACCGUACUAUGUAUGAUGACGGACGUGGUGAUCAUAGAGCUUGGUACAUUGAUGGGACCUGGGUCGCUGUGGGCAAUCCCGACGAUCAAUGGUCCGACUCUACCUCAGACAUGGAUCCACAAGAAGGCUACUACAAGUCUCUUCUGGGCCGUUAUAAGAAGCUACAGCAUCAGCUUGUGAAUGCUGAUUCCGCAAAAAUCGCUGCCCUUGUGCAGGCGAACCCGGAAAAGUACGCCGAUUUCAUGAUGCCGAACAGGCGGGAUGGUUGGCUGUACACCUUCGAAAAUGAGGAUCCAACCCCAGUGCUCGCGCAUGGCCUUUCCGAGACAAAUUUCUUCUGGGCAUUAGAGUUUUCUGGGGAGUCCCUGAGUCAUCAUGAUACAAUCUCCAAACGGAAAAGCUGCUGGAUCUGGACGUUGCUAGCUUUGGCCGGAGAUCGUGGUACUUUGGACUACACCAAGAUUGGACGUAUACGAGAGUUGGGCCGAAGGGCAGGCCAGCUGAGCGUUCGAUUGAGAGAAGGCGCUCGUUCUGACCCGCACAAGGAGAAUGAAGAUGAUGAGGUGGAAGAGUGGGUUGUAGACGGUGCAGGAACCGAUGGUGAAGCGAGCGUGCAUGGAGCAGAAGAAGAGCCAGCAGAAUCAAGCCAAUUUAGCACGCCCAAGGACAAUUUCCAGAACGAUCCUGUAGGCGACGACAACACCGACGACUCAUCAUCCAACGACGAAGGCGAAAUCAGCGAGGACGACGAGGCUGAUAAAACCAACAUGUCGGAACUAGAAGCAGCGCGCGCAAAGUUGCUGGCCCAGCUCGGUGACCGCCUCGUCCAGACAUCUGUCCCUCCUCCACCCGGCUUUCUGCGCCACAAGCACCAGCGUAAGCGCUGCCACGACCCCGACUGUCACGUCGUCAAGAGACGAUUAGCAGCCCACGCCAGGAAACUUCACACUCAGAACGCCGCGCCCGCCCUAUCCGCAUCCGCGGCGCCGGGGCCCCCACCGCCCAAACCCGUCUUCGCGUCGCGCGCCGAAGCAGAGCAGUACCGGCAAAAGAUGCGCGAAACCGAACUGCAGAAGCUAAACGCGCCUUCAAACAGCGCAGCAUCACCUCCAAGCGUACAGCCAACCGCUGCCGUUCCCUCCGCUCCGCUCCCGCAGGAUCCACUUGCACUUGCACCGUCAUCUAAACAAGAUCCCCCAUCCAGCCAUGUAAAAGCAUCACUCCCCCACAACGACAAUGCCCAGUCACAUCUAAACCUGGACCACGAAGACGCCGCAGAUCCCGUAGAUCUAAAUACCCGCGUCACCAUCGACAUGAUACUGACCAUUGUCGCCGAGUGCUACGGCCAAAAGGAUCUCCUCAGAUAUCGCGAGCCUUGGUGA